AUGCUGCUUCCCGUGGGCAUCACUGUGCUCCUCUGCCUGGGCACCGUGAGGGGGUUCCUCCCCAACCACGAAUCGGGGGGCAUCGAUUCGACAGUCUUCACAGAUGCAGACAUCACAGAAGAAGGGGUCCUUCGGGCUGUUGCUCAUUACAUGGAGACGAACCCACUGCCCGGAAGAUCUCCCAUGGCCCCGGGAGAGCUGGAAAACAUGAAAUCGCUGACAGCGACCGAACUGUUCAGGGCCUUUUUCAAAGCUGACGUCUCUCCCAAUCGAUUAGUCAAAGCCAUACAGGAACUCAUCUCUGCAAAUAAUCAAGUGGAGGUCAGCUACGCUGAAAACAGUAACUACUUCUUCCACUGUGAAAAGAUUGCCCCAAGUAUAACACAGAUGCGAAACCUGAGGGAUUCCAUGCUAAGUAGCUUAAAGGAACCUGUGAGUUCAUCGGAUUUGGAAUCGGCUCGACAAAGUGCUGGACAAGCUCUGCACAUCCUUCAACAAUUCUACAGUAACACCAACUGGCCUGAGCUGGGGAAAGGUGGACCUUACGAUCACCUCUUAAACCCUGCCAGUCCUGCUUUCCCUGUUGCUCCCGCUUCUAAGGAAACCUGUCGCGACUGCAGCAAAGAUGAAAGCAACCAGCUUGUGUGCGAUGGAAACAUCCUAGUGAACGACCUGCUCACAAGUGGGUACAAGUUGACAGCAUCAUGCAGGCGCAAACCAAAAGGCAAAUGUGGACAUGGCGGAAGAAAUGACCCGGCCGAAAUGUUCCCUACCACGGGGGGGAUCAACAAGGAGACAACUGACCCCCGGCUCUCCCCGCACUAUCAGUUGCAUCAACAAGCAGCUGAACUGGCCAUACAAGCCACAAGGGACUUCUUUGUAGGAGAUGGGUACGGCCUGCUGGACCAGGUGGGCAGUGAUACCUUUAAGAGGUUUUUCAACUUGGAAGGCUAUUCACUCACCUUUGUAAUAGACACGACUGGCAGCAUGUCGGAGGAUAUCCACCAUGUCAUAACCACCAGCUUCAACCUCCUCCAGGAAUUUUCCAGCUCCCCGGAUAAACCCUUUAACUACAUUCUUGUGCCUUUCAACGAUCCAGAUGUUGGCCCAGUCCAAGUGACUCAGGAUGUGGAUGAGCUUAAGACCUUGAUCUCUAACCUUAGACCUACGGGUGGCGGUGACUGCCCAGAGAUGUCUUUGAGUGGCCUGAAGUUGGCUUUGGAACACAGCUUGCCAAGGUCCAAGAUCUACAUCUUUACUGAUGCUGGAGCCAAAGAUGAGCACCUGAAAGAUGAAGUCCAGGUCCUACUUGAUUCAUCCGGGUCUGAAGUGAAUUAUGCUCUCACAGGGUAUUGCUCUAGCCGGAAACGGAGAAGUGCUGCCGAAGAGGCUUCUGGGAGAAGUUAUGCUAACAUCUAUGAAGAACUAGCUGCUUAUUCCGGAGGCUUCUAUGUGAUGACCACCAAAGGCGAACUCGACCAGGUCUUGGGCAUCAUGGAGCUGUCUCUGAAUGCCGCCCCGGUUACGGUGGCCCAUAAGCAAUUGGAUGGGUCUCAGUGCUCCUUCCCGGUGGAUGAGACCCUCACAGAAAUCACAGUCUCUGUCAAGAGCUUGCACUCUUUGGGUUUCACCAUUACUGUGAGGCAACCUUCAGGUGUCUCGCCAUCCACUCACACAGUGAUCAACACAUCCAGCCACAAGAUUGUGAAGGUGUCCCCCAUCCCUGAGCGGGGCAUGUGGACCGUGACUGUCUCUCCCAGUGGCUCCUACGAGGUGGAAAUCGGAGGCAAGAGCUUGCUAGACAUAUCCUACCAGAUUAUGCAGAAGCAGAAAGAGUAUGUGCUUCCGGUGCAGGGAAAACCUGUGAAAGGCUCCAACUAUACUGUCUCGCUGAGGCUGGUGGGUGGGGCUAAAGGUGCCCGGGUCCAGCACCUGAUCCCUAUUUCUGGAUUGGGGAACCCCCUAGACUCCAUCACUUUGAACCAGACCUCUGAUGCCCUUGGCAAUGUCCUGGCUAUUGCCCCUGUUUUCUUGCACACUCCGACCACGCUGCUGAGUGUGGAAGGCCUGUCUCCAGAGAAUCUGCCCUUUUCGCGAGUCAGCAGCUACCCCAUCAGCACGGAGUCCGUGCAGAUUCUACCCGUGCCGGACCAAAACAGCACAAUGGCACCUGGCGAAAGCCUGGAGGUCUCUGUCAUGGUGGUGAAUGAAGGGACAGCUGCCGCCUUCUCCUUUAAAGUCUGGGACGACUUUGGUUUCCUGGAGAGCUUUACACCGACGGAAAGUUUCCUAAAUUCAGGAGAGAGCGUCGUCCUCAGGGCAACCUUCACGGCGCCUUUGAAGAACAGCAGCUUUACUUCCAGCACCGCAACGUUCACAGCUAAAAGCUCAGCAACUCAAAACUACCUGAGACUGCCCAUCACUGUCAUUUCUGAAAAUGAUACGAAAACUGAUGAGAUCCCACCAAACUAUGCGCUUCUAGACCUUUACAUGCCUUGUGUCAGCAAAUUCCAGCACAAGCCUACCUGCUCUCGGCACAUUUGGAAAAUGAGGUUCUCUGCAAUGGAUAAUCACAGCGCUGUCACUGUCCAAAUCACUGCAAAUCCUUCUGGUCUAUCCUGCAGCCCACGGGGGACUGAUGGCAGCAAGGAAGUCAUGUGUCACUAUCAGUCGAACUGCUGUUCUCCUUAUGCAGAAUUCCUGAUCAGCGAUGAAAACGGGAACACAAAGACUUUUACUGUAGACUACAGACGACCCCGUCCUGCCUCCACCUCAUAAACCUACAACAGCUGAACUGCAUUAUAUGACUAUCACAAAAGGCAAUAAGCUUUGGAGAGUCACAUUUCUGGUUUCGUGGUGCCAUUUGAAUCGGGAAGGAGAUACUCUCCAGAUGUUAAACUGCCAAGUGGUGAUCCAGCUACAUUGGCAGCCUCCAUUACUCCUGCAGCCAAAUAAAAC